GCUGUCAGGACCGCGGGGGGCCGGAUGGGGGAGCGCGGUCCACGGCAGACGCGGCGCGUACGACGUUAUCGUGGCACUGACUGUAGCCUAUAAAUACCCGGAGGCGCGCAGCCUACCUACCAACACUGGCAUUAAUCUAAACACGGCUUGAACUGCGAGGAAAGGCACUUACAUUAGGAUCCUACUACUGGGAUAAACGCCUCAAGUGAAACGGAAUAUAAACCGCUCGAGUUCUAGUCUAGUGUCGUUCGCCUGUGCGACGCACAGCACCAAUAAUAUGGUGAUCAAGGUAUACAUCGCCUCCUCCUCGGGAUCUGUGGCGGUGAAGAAGCGUCAGCAAGCUGUGGUGGGGUUCCUGGAGGCCAACCGGAUCUCCUUCCAGGAAGUGGACAUCACCAAUGUGGAGGAGAGAAGGCUGUGGAUGUACCAACACAUCCCCCCGGAGAAACACCCAGACAAGGGGAACCCGCUUCCCCCACAGAUCUUCAAUGGAGACUGCUACUGUGGGGACUAUGAGGACUUCUUCCAGUCCAAGGAGAACAACACUGUGUUUACAUUCCUAGGCCUCAGCUCAUCCCCCUCAGUAAAGGAUUCCGAGUCGUAGGCAGUAGCGUGGGGAGUCGGGAGGUCGCAGAGCACAUCACUUCCUGUAUUACAUCACUUCACCUCUCCCGGAGAUCUCACCGUAAUGACGCCACCGUGUUGCCAAACACUCUGACCCCCACCCCCCAACCACCCUGAAAAAAACACUCACCCUCCUCCCCCACCUACAGCCAUCUAACCUGACACAGGAGGAGGGGAGGAGCUUCAGACCAACAGAAGGAGCUUCAGACCAUGGGAGGCGGGGCUUCACCCCAAAAACAAUGGACAAUGAUUUCCUGAUUUACAUUUUUUUAUUUUGUACAACUGCUGGUAAUCAUGACGAUCUAGUCAGUGGUUCCUGUUUGUGUUAGUGGCUCUCCGGUUCUGUACGCAGUCAGACAGUUAAACCUGAGGUGGUAACUGGAAACACUGAAGUUGGACUUGUGGUUAAAAUCGAGGCGUGAAAUGGAGUCCACUACAGCUGUAUUUACACUUUGAACAUUUUCGAUUAAAAAAAUCGCAAAUCUAAAUAAACUUUCUAUCAACAUUGA